AGGAAAGUGUUGUGGCCUCAGAGUCAGAUGGUUUGAGAGCCUGUCUAAGCCAUUUCUGUAAACCCGGAGUCUUCCUGGAGGGCAAGGGUUCUGCAGAGCCCUCAUGUACCUCCAGGCAGCAGGGCUGAUGGGCACCUGGGUAGCUUCUUGCUAUGGGGACCAGUAAGGUGCUUGAAUCCCAAGGUUUACCUUAGAAGUCCUCUGAGGCCUCCUGACAGGUGUCCUGAGGAUGCACGCGUGGCAUCCAGGGCCCACAUCAGACAGCUCAGCUAGCACACAGCAAGUACCCUGUGCCAGGUGGCCUGCUGGAGUCCUAACCUUCCCCGUUUGGGCCUUGAGUCACCCUAUUGCCACUGUGCCUGCUAUGGUUUAAGGGCCUGAAGCCUUGCUUCCUUUUUAUUGAAGCUUUUUAUUUCGUUUCUCUCUGGGAAGGCUCCAUGAGCACACAUCAUUUGGAAAGGAAGACAGAGGCACAGGUCCUUGCCCUCAGGGCCCUCUCUGGAGCAGCCUCGGCCACUUCACCCAUUUCAUUCCCACAGCACGUUGGGCUCUGGUGCAAUCAGAUGUGUAUACAGGGCAGUCCUUCCCCUCGGAGCCCAGCUGCAGCACCCUGUUCCAUAGUGGGAGGUUAGUCAUUUAGAGCCGUCCUGCACUAAGUGUGUUCUGGCAUCACCAUCACCAGGCCCCACCCCUGGCAGUUUGAAGGUACAGGUUUUAUUAUGAUUCAGAUACAGUGAGGCCAACCGAUCAGGAGAUAAUUGCCAUUGAAAAGAUACUUUAUUAUUCACAGUUCCCAAGAGAGGUGGCAUGCCCUGUCACACAGGGCCACACGGGGAAACACCUGGGUCAGUCAGGAGGCAGAGGGAGUGGGGAAAACCUGAACAAGAGCCUUUAUUGAGGUUUCAAUAGAAAGGGACGGGUGAGGCAGAGUAAGCAGACUUAGGACUGGCUGGGUUGAAUAACUGAAGCAGACUCAGGCUUGCAGGGGCUGCCUCUAGUCAUCUGGCUCCUGACCCUGGGGUGACUGGGGCAGGGAAAUAGUGGCCUGGAGUGUAGGGCUGGAUAAAGGAGUUGAUUGUGAAGGUGGGCUUUGGAUUGGCUGGUUUGCAUAUGAAAGUUGCCCUUGCAGAUGAAUCCUUUCCUAGCUUUAGAAAUUGGCCAGCCCGGGAUCAGCAAGGCCCUAAGAUGUCAGAGCAUCAGAAAUACAGAAAAAUAAAAAGGCAUGAUUAAUACACUGACCUACGGAAUCAGAAUCUGCCUUUUAACCAGACCCCUAGGAAGCCGAUGAGCACAUAAUGCUUGAGAAGCACUGCUGUAGGGCGCUCUUCCCCGACACUUUCAGCUGGGUUUCCUAAAAGCGACAGAUACUCUAAGCCAUUCUGUGUACAAGUAAAGAUGGUGACGAUGGGUUCAUGAGACUAGGUACACCAAUACAAGGCUGAAGUCUUAAAUGGAAGAAUGUCCAGCUCUCUUCCUCGGCGCUACCUACGGAGGUGGCAGCCAUCUCCUAGUCGGCAUCAUGGCCGCCCUCAGACCCUUCAUGAAGCCCAAGUUCGUCAAAAAGAGGACCAAGAAGUUCAUCCGGCACCAGUCAGACCAAUAUGCCAAAAUUAAGUGGAACUGGCAGAAACCCAGAGGCAUUGACAAGGUGCGCAGGAGGUCCCAGGGCCAGAUCCUGAUGCCCAGCAUCGGCUAUGGGAGCAACAAGAAAACAAAGCACACACUGCCCAGUGGCUUCUGCAAGUUCCUGAUCCACAAUGUCAAGGAGCUCGAAGUGCUGCUGAUGUGCAACAAAUCUUACUGUGCUGAGAUUGCUCACAAUGUCUCCUCCAAGAACCGCAAAGCCAUUGUGGAAAGAGCAGCCCAGCUGGCCAUCAGAGUCACCAGUCCCAACACCAGGCUGCACAGCGAAGAAAAUGAAUAGACAGCUCGUGCACGUUGUAUUUUUGUUAAUAAAGCCAUGAAACAAAAAAAAAAAAAAAAAGAAUGUCCAAGGGGGAGGGUAUAGCUCAGUGGUAGAGUGCAUGCCUAGCAUGCACAGGGUCCUGUGUUCAAUCUCCAGUACUUCCAUUAAAAAAAAAAAAAUCCAAGAACAUUAGCAAUGCUUUCCAUUUCCUGAGCAUAUGCCUCAUAAUAUUCUUUUGAUUAUUAAUAAUGAUUGGUGUAGGGGGAAAGGUAUAGCUUAGUGGUAGAGUGUGUGCUUAGCAUGCACAAUGUCCUGGGUUCAAUCCCCAGUACCUCCAUUAAAGAUAAAUAAAUGAAUACAAACCUAAUUACCUUCCCUCAACAACAAAAAAUAAAAUAGUUAUUGGUGUAGCAGCCAUAGAUACUGUCCAGACAGAUGUGGUGUUACCUUCCAUAACAGAACUUACUUAAAAGGAGGGAACCUACAACCUGAUCAGUGGAUGGAGAGAAAAGCCAUAUUUUCAUCUCAUUUUUAUAAUGGGAAAAUUGGUCAUUAAAUUAUUCAGUGAAAGCCUGGCUUCCCAGCACCCUCAAAUGAGUAACGCCUCAGUUUCUUUUAACGGGGCAUUCAAUCUCUUUGGAGUGACCAGUUAUCUCUUCAGGUGACCAGUACAACUUACGGUUAUCACCACACACAGAGAAACUUUUCUGGAAGGAGCCUUGACUGGCCCACUCCACUUGGAGAAGAGUCAGUGUCAGGAAAGAACAGAGGAGAAGAGGAACAAGAACCAAGUGUGGGUGCCACUUAGAGUCCCAGUGCUUGGACAUAAAGGACCUUUGAAAUCAUCCCAUCAAAUCCUUCAUUUUAAAGACAAGGACACUGAGGCCGAGAUGGUUGUAACUUGCAUGUGGCCCUGUGAGUCCUUGAUGCAGAGACAGGGCAGGCUCCUCCGCUCUCCAUAACACACUGACCCACCAUGGAGUUCCCCCCACCCCCUCACCUGCCCAUUUCUACAGAGCACCUCUUCCCUCCUAGA